AUGGAACAGACUGAAGUACGAUAUGGUGAGCAUGAAGAUACACUAAUUCACCCGUUUAAGGAAAUAACCAUUGGAGCAAUAUCAGGUAUGGUAGGGAAGCUUGUGGAGUUUCCGUUUGACACCAUCAAAGUUCGGCUACAAGCAAACAAUUCUCAUUCCACAUCAACAUAUAAAAUGAUAUCGAGGACGUUUCAUAAUGAAGGAGUGUUGGGGUUUUACAAGGGGUUGAAAGCACCUUUGUUUGGUGCUUGUUUGGAAAAUGCCGUGUUGUUUAGUAGCUACAACUUUGCCACUAAUGUCUUGCGACAUUACGAUCCGAGCUUAUCGAUGUGGUCUAAAUGUGCUAGUGGGGGGUUUGCUGGACUUAUGGCGAGCUUCAUCUUGACUCCAGUUGAAUUAGUCAAGUGCCAAUUACAAGUGGCGAAUAUGGCCACCAAGACGUCGCAUACUUAUACGUCGGUCAUUGAAGAUACGUUGAAACGCCGAGGUGUUUUUGGUUUGUGGAACGGAUUGGGGUCGACCAUGGUUCGCGAAGUUGUAGGAACGCUGAUUUGGUUUGGCUCCUAUGAAUACAUUAACGACUAUUUUGAAACAGCUAAACAACCAUUCAUCAAGAAUAAGGAUUUGCAGUUGUUGUUCAGUGGAGCAAUGGCUGGUGUACUAUUUAACUUUUCGAUGUUCCCAGUUGACACUGUUAAAUCCAAUAUACAAACGCAUGAUAUACUAUCAGGCACCAGUGGGAAGCACCACCAUCAUAUGGCUACUGACUUUUGGAAAGAAAUGAGGAAAUUGUGUCUGAAGCCAGGGGGAGUUAUGAAUCUUUAUAAUGGAUUGGGUAUUACCAUGAUUCGAUGCAUUCCGGCUAAUGCUUUAAUCUUUUACACAUACGAACUACUUAAAAGGAAUUUCUAA